AUGACGAUACUGACUGCCAAAAGAAAACUGAGUGAUCCAAAGGUUGCUUCGAGUGCGUUAAAGUCCAAAAAGCAGAGGUCUCUUACGGAGUUUUUCAGUGUGUCAAAAACUAACGCGACGCCGUCUUCUAAUGUUGAGGAACAGAAGGUGGAAAAGAGGGUUCAAAGCAAGGUGGAAAGGAAUUGUUCUGUGGCCAAUGUGCAAUUGAACGAGGAUAAGCCUGUAGAGUCGUUCAGGGCUGGUCUUACGCCAGAGCAACUGCAGCUGUUGUCGUUGGAGAUGAACACAAUUGACGCGACAUGGUUCCGUAAACUUCGUCCUGAGUUUACGAAGCACUACUUUCUGCAGCUGAAGAGGUUUGUGAUCGGAGAGCAGAAUCAGCAUACUGUGUUCCCGCCUCCCAAGGAUGUGUAUUCUUGGACACGGCUGACUCCAUUUGACAAGGUCCGGGUUGUGGUUAUUGGACAGGACCCAUAUCAUAACCAUAACCAGGCCCAUGGACUGGCGUUUAGUGUGAAGCCACCAACGCCUGCACCCCCUUCCUUGAAAAAUAUAUACAAGGAGCUGCAGACCAACUACCCGGAUUUUGUUGUAGAUCUCAGCGUUGGUGAUUUGUCACAUUGGUCGGAGCAAGGUGUACUAUUGCUGAAUACCAGUCUAACGGUGCGAGCACACUCUGCAAACUCCCACUCCAAAAAGGGAUGGGAGCCCUUCACGAAUCGUGUCGUCCAGCUCCUUGUUGAUGACAGAAAACAGUCGGGGGCACCAUUGGUGUUCCUUCUGUGGGGUAGCAAUGCAGCUAAACUUGUUGAAGGAGUGCUUGGGAACAGGAAGCAGGAGAACUUCUUGGUACUAAAGUCUGUUCAUCCAUCACCUCUCUCGGCUUCCAGAGGCUUCUUUGGAAACUACCAUUUCAAGAAGAUAAACGACUGGUUAUAUGCCAGAAAGCAUCCUAUGAUUGAUUGGAGUGUCUCUCCCAGCACGCAACUAAAGGAGGUAAUGGAAGCGAAUGAGAAUCUCUGA